UCCAAAUAAAUUACUCUGCCCGUAAAUCAUUUACAAUUCUCUACACCAUUCUCUAUUAAACUUUUUCUUCUCAAUCAAAAUGAUGUUCAUCAAUCUAUCCAUCUAUCUAUUUAUCUAUAUCUACAACUGUCCAUCCAUUUGAUCAUAGUUAUUUAUGUUGUGUAUGUUUCUCUCAGUCUAAUCAUUUUUUUUAUAUAAUAUGUCCAUCAUACCAUCUAUCCAUCUAUAACUUAUUUAUCUGUUUAUUGUUACUACAGAGUAAAUUAUACACAGAAGCACAGAAGCUGUAUUAUGAUUGUAUAUAGAUAUAUAUAGAUAUACAUAUAUGGUCUGUGAUUGAUGUAUGUCUUUACACAUAAACUCGCCACUAAUAAUUGUAAUAAUAGUAAUAUAAUGACAACAUUAUUAAUCAUGAUGAUAACCAUAAAAUUUUAUUUGUAAAAACGCCAUCGAAAUCAUGUCAUAUCGUUUGUUUUCACCAUAACAACAAUUAUAUAAUAUGAUUAAUAACAUAGUGAAAUAAUCAUCAAUACAUAAUUGUUCAUUUAAAGAAACUGAAUUCUAUAAAGAAGGAGUAAAAUAUUUUGAAGGGGGAAAAAAAAGAGGACAAAGAAUAAAAAGGACAAUAAAAAAUAAACGAUCAUAAACUAAAUCCAUAACAAUUUUCAUAAAAGAGAGAUGAUGAUGAUGAUGAAUUCAAUAGUUGAUUAUGGUUUAUGUCUUUUGAAAAUAAUAAUUUCCUCUUAGUAACACAUUUCUUAACUAAUAUUCAAUCGUUUUAUUGAAAUAUCUAAAAGUAAAUUACAUAUCUCUUAUAUUCAUUACACCUAAAUAUACAUGUAUACAUAGAUUACUAUUGAAAACAUACUCAUAAUCAUUAUAUCAUUAUUUGGAUAUUUCUAUUUUUGGAAUAUAAUAAGUGAGUAAUUUGUUUCUAUGAAUUAAAACAAAAAUUUGGAAUAUAUCACUUUUAUAUUAUUGAUUACAAUUUGAACUACAAACUAAAUUCUGUAUAUUCAACUACAAAGUAAUUAAUUCAACAAGAAAAUGAAUUGGAGAUUAUUUUCAAUUAAAGUUUUUAUAUUUUGGACUAUACUACUUAUAAAGGAGGUUCUUCUUUCUGAUACUAAAGUACCAAUGGUUGUAAAUCAUAAUAACCAAAUUCGUUUACAAGUUGGUGAUUUACUGCGUCUUGAAUGUCCUAUUCACAUUACUUCAACUGGCGGUCUAGUCUCUUCAUCGAAUGAUAAUGAUGCUAGUUCCAAAACACAUCACCCUGAAUAUAAUAGUGGUGUUAUUUAUAAUUGGAAAGUACGAGAUUUACAUGAUUAUUCAUUGGAUACCAAUAAUCAUUAUCAUUUUAGUCAACAACGUCGUAUUCUUGAAGUUACUGAACCAUUACAAGUUUCCGAUUCAGGCAAUUAUACUUGUUCUGGAAUAACCGGUUUUGGAAAACGAGAAGUAACAUUUGAAGUUCAUGUAAGAGAUCCUAAUGUCAAUCUUCUAUGUGCUGUCCCAAAUAUAGAGAAUACAAAAGCGAAAGCCCCAUGUUUUAUUGAUACAGCUUUGAAAACUAAUCCAUCAAUUAGUUUAGAGAGACUUAUUGGUUCAUCUGUCACAUUUAAUUGUGAAGCUGAAGGUACUGAACCCAUAAAAUAUAGAUGGUUUAUGGGUAGUGCUGUAGCUGAUUGGAUAACAACUGGUCAAGGUGUUCGUGGACCAAUUCUAACGAUUGAUCGAGUUGGUCGAGAACAUACUGGACAGUAUACUUGUCAAGUUUCAAAUUCAGUGGGAAGUCUAAAUUACACUUAUAGACUCUUAGUUAGUGAACCACCAUCAGCUACACCGAAAAUUCUUGGUCCUGUACAGAAUUAUACAUUUAAAACUGAUGAUAGUGCUACAGUUAUCGCCAGAAUAAAAUGUGCAUGUGAUGAACCUGUUAUACAAUGGUUAAAACGAGUUGAACCAGGAGAAGAGUUAAUGUACGAACAAUCAGGUGCAACCAAAAUUCCAUUACCAAAUGCAAGAAUUACUGAGCAAAAUGAAGUCUAUGUUAUCUUAGGCUCGUGGAUUAACUCACCUGCUAUUGUAGAAAAAACAACAGCCUAUACAGAUAGAUUAGACAAUCUUCAUGAUAUAAAAACAUCACCGAUAUCAUCAACAUCACUAAAUGGUAAUAUAGAUGUAAAUCAUUUACAAAUUAUUGAUAGUAAUAAUGACGAAAAACCGUCAAUUUACUUUCAACCUAAAGUGAAUUACAAUAAUAAACAUAAUCAGAAGAAAGAACAAUUAUUCAUGACUAAAUUACGAUUUCAAAAACCAUUGAAUAAAGAACGACAUGAAGGAAAGUAUAUUGUUAUGACUAUGAGUUUGUCAGAUGUUAAAAGUUUAGAAUAUAUUGUAAUAUAUGUGAAUAUAGUUCAAGAUUCAGCGUUUUUGAAAGGACGACGUGUUUUAAUAUAUUUUCUUGUUCCUUUUGGUUUAUUACUGGCUAUUCUUGGAUUAAUUGCUUACAUGUUUGUAUUUCGACGUAAACGAGCUCCAAAUCAUUUAAUAUCCUCUAGUAAUGAAAGAUGUAUAUUACGAACUGCUGAACUCAGUCCUAAAGCAUAUCAUGUUAUACCAAAUGGAAAGAAAUCUUCUAGUUUAAAUACAUCAUCUAGGCUAUCUUCAAAUAGUCAAAAUACUGGUAAACCAAAUUAUUCAUAUAUGGGAAUUCAAACUACUUAUAAUUCAAGUGAUAAUCAACACAAUCAAGCAUCAAACGGACAAGAACUAAUAAAUCAUUAUCCUAACAUUCAGGUUAAUCCAUCACGUUUUAAUCAGUCUGUGAAUUUUUCUCAAAAUACUCCAAUUUCAAGUGAUCCUAGACUUCUUUUAAAUAUUAGCGACGAUUCUAGUCGUGUAAACAGUAAGGCAAGUUCUGGAUCAUUUAUGAACGGUAACUGUUUACCUACUACUCAUCCAUCUCACUGUAUUUUACCUUGUCCUCCCAAUACUCAUAAUAUGACACCAUCCAAUCAUAGUGAUAUUCAGCAAGCAAGAAAUAACUUCAAUCAGUUUCCAGCUUAUUUCAUGAAUUCAAAUGAACAGAACUUAAAUCCCCAAAUGUUUAACGAAAAAUCUCUACAACCAACAUAUCAACCUGCACCAUUCCCAGGUUCAAUACCCAAUUUUAUGCUUAGUGUACCACCAGCUCCUUCUAACGCUAGUGAAAUAUCAUUUGAUCAGUAUUCAGCAGUAAGUCAAAGUCCAGUCUCUUCAAGUACUCUUACAAAUCAUUACACAGCUCCAUUUAGUGAAUUUGUUCAUAAUGAAAAUUCAGAAUGUAAAGAUUUUCGACAUCAUUUUCAAUCUCAUUAUCUUCAAACUUAACAAAUACUCAAAAUUAACUGAUAAACAACGAAAAUAUGUUUUCAGCUAAAUAAUGAAAUAGGCUCAUAUAUUUUUGUAAAUAAAACAUACUUUAUUUCUCUUCCAAAAGUAAAAUCUGAAAAAUUUAAUUUUUUUUUCUUUUUUUUUUACAAUCUUAAUCAAUUUUGUCAACAAAUUUGCCAUUUACUUCACCACUUACAUGAACAUAUUACUUAAUUUACUUGAUCUUCAUUAGUAUAAAUAUAUAUAGUCACGGUCUCGAAUAUUUAUUUACUGAAUAAAACAAUUUUUAAGUUUGCUAAUAUUUAUAGUAUCUUCAGAAUGCAUUUAACACAAUAGAAACAGCUUGUAGUAUCUUUAAAACAAGCGCACAAUCAUUAUUACGGUCACAGGGUUCAAUAAACAAUGAAUUUCCCUUUAUUUCUUCAGUGAAAUAAUUUUUCUAAUAAUCAAUAAAUUUAAAGAAAAAUAAUAAUUUUGUUUUUCAUUACUUCACGUAAUAGGUAACUUUUUUUUGUAUUGAAGGAACAAAUCUAAACACCUGAUUUUAAUGCUCAUCAGUGUAUAAUGAAAAUAUAAUGAUGAAUGGCAUUAUUUUUUUUUCUUUAAUUCCCCCCCUCCUUCAAUAAAUCAUAUGGAACAUUCUCAUAUUACUGCCGGUUACAAAAGAAAUGUGUACACUUCAAAUAAAUCAUGUUGUAUAAUUACAAUGACUAAAACACUAUUAACAUUAAAUUCAUUAUCAACAUGUAUAUUUUAUACACACUUUAUCUUUCAUCAAACAUACAUGUAUUAUGUUCUUUUGUCUUUUUAAAUUUAAAUCGAAUAUUUACUUUGAUGAAUAAACCUUGUUUUUUUAUUUACUAGCUGUUUAUUCUAUGAACAGAAAUUGCGAUCAAGACUAUGAUCUGGGUCUUUUUCUCAUUAAGUC